UGUGGCGAAAGUGCGGCUGCGGAAGCGCAGCGAGGCCGGGAAGGAGGAAGCGAGUGCCGCUGCGGGGCGGCCAGGCUCCUGGCGCCAUGGGUCGCCUGCACUGCACCCAGGACCCCGUGCCAGAGGCCGUGCGCGGCGACAUGCAGCAACUGAACCAGCUGGGCGCGCAGUUCUCAGCCCUGACAGAAGUGCUUUUCCGUUUCCUAACUGAGCCGAAGGAGGUGGAGCGCUUUCUGGCCCAGCUCUCCGAAUUUGCCACCACCAAUCAGAUCAGUCUUGGCCCCCUCAAAAGCAUCAUGAAAAGCCUCCUUCUGGUUCCGAAUGGUGCACUGAAGAAGGGCCUCACUGCCGAGCAGGUGCAGGCUGAUCUCCUGACUCUAGGUCUUACUGAGGAGAAAGCCACUUACUUUUCUGAAAAGUGGAAGCAGAAUGCCUCAACCCUUGCACACUGGGCCAUAGGUCAGACCCUGAUGAUUAACCAGCUGAUUGAUAUGGAGUGGCGAUUUGGAGUGACAUCUGGAAGCAGUGAAUUAGAGAAAGUGGGAAGCAUAUUUUUACAGUUAAAGUUGGUGGUUAAGAAAGGAAAACAAACUGAAAAUGUGUAUAUAGAAUUAACCUUGCCUCAGUUCUACAGCUUCCUGCAUGAGAUGGAGCGAGUCAGAGCAAGCAUGGAGUGCCUCAGCUGAUCCUGUUUCCUGUUCCCUUGCUCCUUCCUGCCUCUUCCCUAAUGACUGCUCCAGGGACCCCACCACCUCGGGAGCCCAGGUGCAGAGUUUCUGGGAAAACAAAACAAAACAAAACAGGGCCCAGUACUUGAGUCCUGCAUGAUUCCUCUGUAAGCUCCUCAUGGGAGCCUUGCCUACAGUCUCCUGGGAGCAGCUAUUACAUCUAGGGUUGUUUUCUUUCUUUGGUGGGGGGCAUUGUUACCUCCCAUUAAACAGAGUAAACAAAUGGUUCCUUCAACCAGAUGGUUGAGUGCUUGUUUGUGGCUGAAGAAGAGGCAGGUGGUAUGGAUGGCUUGUCUAGAGAGGUCCUAUCUGUUUCACACUUUAUUUGGGAGUGGCAGGCAUGACCAGCCAGUGUUUGCUGAGUCAUCUGUAUGAAAGUCUGUGCUUAGUCUUCUCUGGAAAGAACUGGGGGAAGACCCUGUCACAACUUCUGGGAUUAUCCUUUUGUGUUUUGUGUUAUAAGGAGGUAGACCUUUUGAGGCUGUCUUAGAUUUUUUUGGUUCCAGAUGCCCAAACACCUUUUGGUUAAAUGGUCAAUUAAAAGAAAAACAGUUUCCUCCAAAGCCACAGAGAAACCCUGUCUCGAAAAACCAAGAAAAAAAAAAAAGAAAAACAGUUUCUAAAGAAAAGAUCUGAAUCUCCUAAAUGUCUUUCUCCACAGGUUUAGGAGUCAUCCAAGAUAAUAUAGUGGCAUAUACCUGUAACCCUGACACUACAGAAGCAGGGACAGGAAGAUCGCCAAAAGUUAGAGCUCAGCCAGGGCAACAAAGUGAGAACCUGUCUCAGGCUGAGCCAGCCAUGGGGGUAGAUUGAUGGAUUGAUGGCCCUGUGGUUAAGAGUGCUUCCUGCUCUUUGAGAAGACCCAAGUUGUUCUGUUCUCAGCCCCCAUGGCUGGAGGCUUGUAACUCCAGCACCUCACACCUUCUGACCUCCAAGGGCAGACACAUGUGCACACAAACACUCUCCAUACACAGAAAUAAAUCUUUUUUAAAAGGGGGAGUGGGUAUAGUAUAGCUCAGUUGGUAAAGUAUUUGCCUAAUAAAACCUGGCAAGGUGGUCAGCCUGGGCUAUAUGAUCCCUUGUCUCCAAAAAAAAAAAAAAAAAAAAAAAAAGAAAAGAAAAGAAAGAACCAGGGCCAGUGAGAUGGCUAAACAGAUAAUGCACCUACCCAGUGCCUAAUCUGAGUUCAGUCCCUGGGACCCACAUGGUAGAAUGAGAACAUGGAUUCCCACAGUUGGUGUCUAACCCAUACACACCCUUACACACUCAAGUACACAUAGUAAGUUAUUUGUUGCUUUGUUUUUUCGAUACAGGGUUUCUCUGGGUAGCCCUGGCUGUCCUGGAACUUGCUCUAUAGAUGUUUUUUUUUAGAUAGAUAGAUAGAUAGAUAGAUAGAUAGAUAGAUAGAUAAUAAAGCAAGAGCUAGAGAAAUGCUUUAGUAGUUAAGAGCAUUGGCUGUUUAAGCAGAGGACCUGGGUUUGGUUCCCAGCACCCACAUUGUGACUUAUAACCCUCUGUAACUCCAGCUCCAGGGAAUUUAAUGCCUCUGGGUUCCAUGGGUACAUGUAUUAGCAUGUACCACACAUAAUUAAAGAUAAUAAAAAUAAGUUUUUAACCUGA